AUGGCUACAAUGCAAGAAGGUACGAAGAUGAGGAAUUUGGUUACCAAAACGCCAAUUAUGUUGGGGAUGAUGAUUACGGGCAUAGGGAUGGAAGAAAUGAUGGUUACGAGAACAACCAUCAACCACGAAACAAUUAUCAACGGAACCGGAAUAAUGGGUUUUACAACAAUAACAACAAUGCUAACCAUAACCGGAUUCCUUGUUUCGUGGGAGGUGGCAAUCAAAGGGGUAAUCAAGGUAGAAAUCAAGGUGGGGAUAGAAGGGGUGAUCGAAGGGACAACCGAAGACCGGUUGAUCAAGAAGUUAACGGUCUGCAUCGUCGUCAACAACCUCCCACGGGGAGUGAAUGACCGUUUUAGGCCGGUGGUCACCGAGAAUGAUUCACCAAUUGACAAGGCAAAGCAAUGGUUCCUUACACUUCCGGCAAAUAGCAUUCGAACAUGGGGAGAAAUGCAACAAGCUUUUCUGGAUGAGUACUAUUCGAUGGCAAAGACCAUUGAUGCUCGUGAUGAAAUUAGGUCUUUUCGCCAACUAUCGGGUGAACCGUUGCAUGAAGCAUUCACAAGAUUUAAGGAGUUGAUGCGAAAGUGCCCACAUCAUCAAAUAGAGAAGUGGGAGUUAGUCAAGUGUUUUGUAUGGAGUCUAGAUGACAACACAUGGAACCGCCUUGAAUCAACGAGCAAUGGGACGCUGUUGAGCAAUCAUGAGGAUGAUGAUUGGGAGUUUUUGGAGCGGAUGAGCAAACGGUCAAAAGAGAAGGAAUCGGCCGAUAGAGCUAAGAAACAUCCCAUUUCCCGGUCACUUCCUGAUCUUGAUUCUAAAGAUCGAAUUUCUACCUUAGAGCGGGAAAUGGCUCGUAUGAAGAAAAAGGUGGUGAACGCGGUACAAUUUGCGGUGUGUGAGGAGUGUGGAGACAUUGGCCAUAGAACCGAGCAAUGUCCAACGGGGAGGAGUGAUUACACCGAGGAGGUAAACCAAGUUGGAAAUGGGGGUGGUACAUCAAACUCUCAAGGUGACGACUUAUUCAAUUCUAAAAUGGACGCUCUCAUGAAUGCCAUGACCACCCUUACAACCGAAGUAAGGAAAGAAUUUGAAGUGAGGGAUAAAUCUCAUAAAGCGUUGGAGAAGCAAGUGGGCCAACUCGCGGAGGAAAUGGCUCAAAUGAAGGGAAGCAUAGGAAAGCUUCCAAGUGACACUACAGUGAACCCGGAGCAUCAAGGUUCUAGCACAAGCAACGUGAGGAAUGCACACAUUAGUGCGGUAAGUAUUCUUUCAAAUGACGAGGUUUGUAGUAGUGUUGAAAGCAUUCCACCACCACAAUGCGUUGAUGGUGUAGUGGAAGAUAUAAGUGAUGAGCCAGAAAGUGAAAAUGAACAAGAAACGACUUCACAAAGUAAAAUUGAAAAUAUAACUAAAAAUGCUUUUUGUGAAAAUUGUUUAAGUCAACUUAACCCGAUUAAUGCAUCAAAAGUUGAGAAACGGUACCCACCGAAGGACGAGAGGUGGGAAAAUUUUAAACAAGCAAAAAUUAAUUUACCGUUACUCGAUGACAUUAAAAAGGUUCCGGCUCAUGUGGAAUGCUUAAAGGAGUUAAGCAUCAAAAAACGGCACAACAAAUUACCCAAACCGGUUGAUUUGAUAUCUCAUGUGACUGCCGUUUUAUCGAGUGCCCUUCCUCAAAAAGCUCAAGAUCCAGGAGAUCCUCUUAUUCCGAUUCAAAUUGGAACAUUUAAAAUCGAGAGGGCUCUCCUCGAUCUUGGAGCUUGUGUGAGCAUUUUACCCGGGAGUUUGUAUGACCAAUAUGAUUUUGGUCCAUUGAAAAAAUUUAAUACUCCCGUGGUAUUGGCCGAUCAGACUCCCACGCAUCCACGGGGGAUGGUGGAGGAUGUGAUUGUUAAGGUGGAUGAUUGCUACUACCCAGUUGACUUUUUGGUAGUAGACUAUGUUGGGUGUGUUGAGGACACCCAAGCGGUAAUUAUCUUGGGUAGACCGUUCUUGGCAACUGCUAAUGCCAUAAUAAAUUGUGCAACGGGAACGGUAAGCAUGAAGUUUGGGGAUCGGGAAUUAAAUUUAAAUGUUUUUCCAAAUUUCACUAACCCACUCGGUGAGGAUAAGUUUCCUAAAAAGGACAUGAAUCCAAACAAAAAGAUAUGUGCUAUGGUUGGCAGGGUUGGAGAAACAAAGAAGAAGACAGUCAAGAAAAAGAAGGCGAAGAAGUCACCUCUAGAAAAGAAGAAGGAAGAUGAGGUGAGGAAGUUUGGACCCUUUGGCAACAAAUGGUAUGAAUCGCCGGUGGAUGAUUUCGACGAAUUCAUAGGUGGCAAGCACGCCAUCCGACCACCAUAA